GCCACAAAUCCCACCCUUUCUCUCUCCAGUUUCUUGCUAACGAAGCAUACCCCUCCCUGCAAAACAGAAAUAUAACAAGCCCCAGAAAGGAAAACAAGAAAAGGGAAAGAGACCCAACUCAGUCGUCCACUCAUGAAGCCGAAUCAACCCCCUACCGCCGCCGCCUCCUCCUCAGCCGCCAAUACCCGGAUUCGGCCUCGACGGCGGCCCGACCUCACGCUUCCUCUCCCGCAGCGGGAUCCUUCCCUUGCCGUGCCGCUUCCUCUUCCGCCGACGUCGGCUCAGUCUUCGUCCUCCGGAGGGGCGGCGGCGGCGGCGACGCCAGCGUUCUCGGAGCUGGAGAGAAUCAACAGAAUCGGAAGCGGUAGCGGCGGCACCGUGUACAAGGUCCUCCACAGGCCGACGGGGAGGUUGUACGCCUUGAAGGUGAUCUACGGAAACCACGACGACGACGUGCUCCGCCAGAUCUGUCGAGAAAUCGAGAUCCUCAGAGAUGUGGAUAACCCCAACGUGGUGAAGUGCCACGACAUGUACGACCACGCCGGCGAAAUCCAGGUGUUGCUGGAGCACAUGGACGGUGGAUCUCUUGAGGGGACUCACAUCGCGGACGAGCUCGCUCUCUCCGAUCUCGCGUUUCAGAUCCUCUCCGGCCUCCACUACCUCCAUCGCCGGAAAAUCGUGCACCGCGACAUCAAACCUUCGAACCUCCUAAUCAACGCCAGGCGACAAGUGAAGAUCGCCGACUUCGGUGUGAGCCGGAUCUUGGCUCAGACCAUGGAUCCGUGUAACUCAUCGGUGGGAACGAUCGCGUACAUGAGUCCGGAGCGGAUCAACACCGAUCUCAACCACGGCAGAUACGACGGCUACGCUGGCGACAUCUGGAGCCUCGGUGUGAGCAUCUUGGAGUUUUAUUUAGGGCGUUUCCCGUUUGCUGUCGGCCGGCAAGGGGAUUGGGCGAGUUUGAUGUGCGCAAUCUGUAUGUCGCAGCCGCCGGAGGCGCCAGUCACUGCAUCAAGGGAGUUUAGGGACUUCAUAUCACGGUGUCUGCAGAGGGAUCCGGCGGUCCGGUGGUCGGCAGACAAACUUCUCCGGCACCCCUUUGUGCUUCAGAGUCAGAGAAGAAGAGGACAGAGUCAAAGCCAGGUUCAUCAUCCUCCCCAGCUUCUUCCUCCUCCACGCCUGCAUUCCUCGACGAGGCCAACUGGGUCUGUUAGAGUUCAAGCCUAUGAAUCAAUGUCGUCUCCAGAUGGUGUUUUACCAGGACAAAGGAAAAUUGUCUUUCAUGAUUGCCCUCAUCUUUCCCUUUUCCUCUACAAAUUGAUUCUUUUUUUCCCACUUGUUGGCAAUAAAAAGUGAAUUUCUGUGUAA